AUGAGCGCUGUUAUAGAAGCUCUUUAUAUUUACGAUGAGACGAACGCACCAAUCCUUGAACAUUGCUACCGCUCGCGCCCUCCCCCCGCGACGGCAGUCUCCUCUCUCUUUCUAGCCCAUCCAGCUCCACGGCCAUCCCUGAUAUACCUCCCCGAUGCCUCUCCUCCCGUCUCUGUCUUCUCAGUUUCGCAUACAAACCUCCUGUUCCUGGUCCCGUGUAGCAGCGAGGCAGAACCACUUCUCGUCCUCGAAUUUAUCCACCGAGUUAUAGAUGUGCUAGAAGAGUUUAUUGGCGCGCCUUUACUUGGGACAAAGAUACAGAAUAGCUAUGAUGUAGUUGGGCAGUUGCUGAAUGAAAUGUGCGAUGCUGGCAUCGUGUCUAAUACCGAACCGAACGCUCUACAAGAGGCGGUUGAUGUCCCUGGGUGGAUGGGCAAGCUAUUGAGCGGGGUGGGAUUGCCCGGUGCAUCGCAGGCAUCAGCUCUCGCAAAGCCUCUAAAUCAGCCCCUAGCCACUGCUCCCGCCUUAGCAAAUGCGCCAGCUAUACCCUGGAGACGCCCCGGUGUUCGGCAUACUUCAAACGAGUUGUAUGUUGACAUAGUUGAGUCUCUAUCGGUUAUAUUUGCCCCCUCUGGUAGGCCAAUAUCCGCCUUAGUACACGGUACCAUUGUGUUCACAGCAAAGAUAUCGGGUGUGCCGGAUUUGCUUCUAUCUCUAAGUGCACCUGGGGGUCAAAGAAAUCUUGCGCAUAAGAUUGAAUUGCCCGUUUUCCAUCCCUGUGUCCGUCUGGCACGCUGGAGAGAAAAGCCAGGUGAACUGAGCUUUGUUCCCCCAGAUGGAAGAUUCGUACUAGGAGGAUAUGAAGUCAACUUGCUUCCUGUUAAUCCUGAAGAUGACAAUCCGCCUGCUCAUAUGGAAAAAUUAUUCCUCCCGGCUACAGUAGAUAUAAAAAAGGGCCUUGGUCCUACCGGAUCAAAUUUUGAAGUGAGGCUAACACUAAAUAACAGUUUUCCCGGGGCUACUUCUUCAAGAAGCGGUGGAAGCGGAGGUGGUAUAGGUGGGAAUGGGGGGAUGGGGAGCUCGAUAGGCCGUGGAUCUGGGACUUCAACCCCUUCUUUCCUGAAUGUCGGAACCAUCGGCGGUAGCUCGUCGUCCCCGACCCUAGAUGAUGUAGUGGUGACAGUUCCCAUACCGCCGUCAGUGCGGAACAUCACUGAUAUCCAGCCGAGUCGGGGUGAAGCGACAUUUAUGCCAGGGAAUGAAUCCUUAGAAUGGCGCAUACCUACCAGAGAGAAAGACGGAUCGAUCUCUGGCACAGCCACUCUGAAAGGAACCAUACUGGGGCCCCUCCAUGAGCUUGAUGGUGACGAUGAAAUAGUUGAGGGGGAUGGUGAAGGCCGUUCUCGACGAUUAACUUCGAACCCUCUCAGAGGGUAUUAUGACGAGACUUUAACUGGGGGCACAAGCUAUCAGGAUUCAGGGGCAACAACGGAUGAUACUCCACUGCCAGAGAAGACUGAAGGGCUAUCACCAACUGCCAAACAAAUGCGGAAAAAGCAGGCAAAUGCCCUAUUGAUGCCUUCAUCUGCCUCGGUAUCGUUUUCUGUACGUGGUUGGCUACCGAGUGGUAUACGUGUUGACUCUUUGAUGGUUGACUCGCGAAGAAGUCGCGGGCUAGGGGAAGGAGUUAAGCCCUACAAGGGUGUCAAAUAUAUAUGUGUGAGCAGGCAAGGGGUUGAGACAAGAUGUUGA